AUGCCAAGGUCUUUCCUGGUGAAAAAGGUGAAACUGGAUGAUUUCUCCACCGGAGCGGAUCUGGAGAACGCCUACCGGCACAGGACAGACCUAAGCCUGCGGCUCCAUGACAAAGCUGGUUACAUCAGUGACUACAUCAGCCCUGUUGUGUACGAUGGUGAGAGUGACAGUGGGAUCAAGGUGCCCUCUCCUGACCCGCUCUAUGAUGGUAUCCACAGUGACUACGGGGCCCCUGACUCUGAGUCUCCUGACAGCCCUGGCUCAGAAAUCACUGACGGCUACAUCAAUGGAGAUGCUGCAGUGAGUGAGGGUUACACAGUGGAUGCCUUCUUCAUCACCGAUGGCCGUUCGAGGAGGAAAGCCCUCGGCAGCCCCAGGACCAUUCAGAGGCACACCUGCAACGAGUGCGGCAAAACUUACGCCACGUCUUCCAACCUGAGCCGGCACAAACAGACACACCGCUCGCUGGACAGCAAGCUGGCAAAGAAAUGUCCAACCUGCGGAAAGGUGUACGUGUCCAUGCCUGCCAUGGCCAUGCACCUGCUCACUCACGACCUCAAGCACAAGUGUGAUGUGUGUGGGAAAGCGUUCAGUCGACCUUGGCUUUUACAGGGUCACAUGCGCUCCCACACAGGCGAGAAGCCUUUUGGGUGUGCCCACUGCGGGAAGGCCUUCGCAGACCGCUCAAACCUGCGCGCUCACAUGCAGACCCACUCGGCCUUCAAGCACUUCAAAUGUAAACGCUGCAACAAGACCUUCGCGCUGAAGAGUUACCUGAACAAGCACUAUGAGUCUGCCUGCUUCAAAGGCCCCUUCUCUCCUCUUGGCCCCCUAGAUGCAUGA